AUGGUGGAUAAGGCAGGGGAUUACCCUAACGAUGCAGUGCGAAGAGCCGCUUCAACGAGCUGCAGCACGGCAGGUAUAAACACAAGCAUAGACAUAGACGUGCAGUGUGUGGUUGACUUUGUUUUGCUGGGUGGGGAUCUGUUCCAUGACAAUAAACCAUCCCGCAAGACAAUGCACUGCUGCAUGGAGGUGAUGAGGAAGUACUGCAUGGGUGACCGGCCAAUCAUCUUCGAAAUCCUUAGUGAUCAGGCUGUCAAUUUCAGCCACAGCAAAUUUCCAUGGGUGAACUACUUGGACAGUAAUCUCAACAUCUCUAUCCCUGUCUUCAGUGUGCAUGGUAACCAUGAUGACCCAACUGGGGCAGAUGGCCUAUGUGCAAUAGACCUGUUGAGCUGUGCUGGUCUGAUCAAUCAUUUUGGUCGCAGUCGUUCAGUGGAGAAACUUGAGAUCAGUCCAGUUCUUCUGCAGAAAGGAAACACCAGGAUUGCACUUUAUGGCAUUGGUUCCAUUCCAGACGAGAGACUCUACCGGAUGUUUAUCAAUAACCAGGUGACCAUGCUUCGACCCAGGGAGGAUGAAGAUGGCUGGUUCAACUUAUUUGUCAUCCAUCAAAACAGGAGUAAGCAUGGGGCAACUAACUACAUCCCAGAACAGUUUUUGGAUGAUUUCCUGGAUUUGGUGGUGUGGGGUCAUGAGCACGAGUGUAAAAUUGCUCCGGUCCGUAAUGAACAACAGCUCUUCUAUGUCACACAACCCGGCAGCUCCGUCAUCACCUCACUAUCACCAGGAGAAGCAGUCAAAAAGCACAUUGGGCUGUUGAGAGUGAAAGGUAAAAAAAUGAAUCUUCAGAAAAUUCCUCUACAGACCGUCAGGCAGUUCUUCAUUCAGGAUGUGACACUCUCAGAGCACCCUGACCUUUUCAGCCCAGAGCAACCCAACGUCAUGCUCAAAGUCAUGGCUUUCUGCCAGGAAAAGGUUGAAGAGAUGCUUGAAGAGGCAGAGAGACAGAGACUUGGAAAUCCUCUAACUCCUGAGAAACCUCUCAUCAGACUACGAGUGGAUUAUAGUGGGGGUUUUGAAGUCUUUAACACUAUGCGGUUUUGUCAGAAGUUUGUCGAUCGAGUGGCAAAUCCUAAAGACAUCCUGCACUUUAUCAGACACAGAGAAGCCAAAGACAGCCUUAAAGGCAAGUCACACACAUCUUCUUAAGUAAUAAGGUAU